AUGAACUCGCUCAAGCAGCAGCUGCGUGAGGAGCUGCGCAGCGUCACCGACGAGCGGCGGCGCCUCCUGGAGUUGCGCGAUCGAGACAUGCGUUCCGAGGGCGACCUGGCCGCGCUGCUCGGCUGGUCGGGGCGGCGCCGAGCCGCCGACCAGUCCUGGACCGCUACCCCGGAACCGCGACGAUCCGCCGCCGCCGGGCCUGACCCGUGGCGGACACGGCGGCGCGGCGACAAGGGUCGCAAACCGCGCUCGUGGCAUCCAUCGCCGUACGGCUCCGAGGACGAAGAAGACACCUGCGAGCAGCGCAAGGCGUCCAUCAAGGCCGAGAUUGCCAAGCGGAGACAGCAGAUCGAGGAGAACGCCCGACUGCACGCCGAGCUCUACAAGCUGGCGCGGUUGCGCCAAGGCGAUACCGGAGUGUCGCCCGAGCUGAGCGUCGUGAGCAACGCCACCAGCACGGGCGGCAGCGUGCUCGAGGCCAUCGACCAGGUGCUACGCCAAGAGAGGCGCCGCUGGCCCGCCACCUCCCCGGGCCCCAUGACCAACGACUCGAUGGGGCUGAUGCACCCGCCUGCCGGCAUGCUCGGCAGCGCGGGUGUGGGCCUCAUGGGAGGCGGGGGCCUGAUGCAAUGCGGCACCAGCGCCGAGGACCGCAGCAUGGCGCUCAUCGCGUCCACCUUCCCGGACUCGCCCAUCUCGUCGGAGGAGGAGGACGAGGAGCCGCCCGCCAUGCCGCUGCUGCCGGACAUGCCCCGCCGGCGCCGCCUGCACCACAUGAUGCCUCAGGAGCCCGAGCCCGACAUGGUGGGCGGCGGCGGAAGCCGGGGCGGCGCCCGGCGUGUGCUGCUGACGCGCGACCCUCGCCGUGGAGGCCUGGGCGUGCGCGUGGUGGGCGGCAAGCGCAUGAGCAAUGGCCAGCUGGGCGCAUACGUGGCCCGCGUCAGCCGGCCCGAUACGCUGGGACAGCUGAGCGAGGGGGACCGCGUGCUCGAGUGGAACGGAGUGCCCCUCACGGGAAAGACGUACGAGCAGGUGCAGCGCAUCAUGGACACGCACACCACGGGCGACGAGGUCGAGCUGCUCGUGCAGAGCGACUGGGACUCGUUCGACAGCCCUGCACCCACGCAACGACGACGCCAGCACGGCAGGCGAACGCGGUUCGAGUGGAGCCCACCCAACGAAUGGCCACAGUCGACAGCAGAGAUGCUACAAGCAUCACCGCCGACAUCGCUACGCUCCUACCGGGCAUCAUCGGCGUCGGUGGCGCAGCAUCAGCAACAUCAGCAGCUACAGCCGCGGCGGCGGCGUGGUCCGGAUCCAUUGACGGGCCGGAGGAAAGUGCAAGUGCCUUGAGGUCCGCAGAGGGCCCCUGUUUCUUCUUCC